AUGCAACAUGUAAUAUCCCGAUGCCGACAUCGUGAAUAUCCCGUGACAGCCUCGAGCAUAAGUCAAAUUGGAAUACUGGUUGGGGAGGAAGGGGUGGUUCAAGUGGGAAUACCAAAUUUUGCUUUAAUGAGUUUUCCUGAUGUCAUUGACCAGUUCGCCGGCGACAGACAAGUCGAAGUCAAAGCCUCCGAGAAGCAUCCCAGGAUUCUAAUUGAAAACUGUAACACCCACAAGGAAACCGGUAGAUCUGUCAAAAUUAUUAUGGAGUAUGCUCUUCUAGUAAUUAAUAUUCUAACAACCUUUUUCCCAACCGCAGCCUACAAACUUGAAAACAUCGAAAGAGUUAUCGAAGCCUAA